UCUGCUGGGUCGGCUGGGCUUGAAUGUGCGAGAGGGAAGCCCCGAUGACAUCUGAGCAGACUCCGCAGCCGGAGAGUCGCGGCUGUGGCGAAGAGCAGGAGGAGGACUUCGGCUACAGCCGGUUUCCCGAUCGAACUCUCGGCCAGGGGAAGAAGCCGUCGCUGAAGGGAAAAGUCUCCGGCUUGUUUGGUUCCCAGCAUAGGUGCCAGUCGAUGCUGAAGGUUGCUCUGGACACCAGUCCACAGGCUAAACUGCUACUUGAUGCUAUGAAGAAUUCUGGCUGCACUGUCACCAAUAACCGACACAUUUCAUGUGAAAAUUGUGAUAAACAUGUUGGUGGAGGAUUUGAUUCUUCAGUAUCACAGAUUGUUCUGUGCCAAAACAAUAUACGUAGUCAAUCUCAAAUGAACAGAGUGGUUGCACAUGAACUUAUCCAUGCAUUUGAUCACUGCCGUGCUCAUGUGGAUUGGUUUAAUAAUAUAAAGCACUUAGCCUGUUCAGAGAUUCGGGCAUCUAAUCUCAGUGGAGAUUGUUCUCUCAUAAAUGAAAUGAUGCGGUUUAGAUUUGGACUGAAGCAGCAUCAACAGACUUGUGUAAGAACGAAAGCUGUUCGCUCCAUGCUGGCUGUUAGAAAUAUUACUAAAGAGAUGGCAGAGAAAGCAGUAGAUGAAGUCUUUGAAUCCUGUUUCAAUGAUCACGAACCAUUUGACAGAGUGCCUCACAGCAAAUUGGAUGCAAAGUAUGCAUAUAAAGGUUUUCAGAACCGUCACCGUUACUACCAAAAUCUAUGAAUGAAAACUGUUCACCUCUAGGUCCAAACUACCAUUUUAGAGGAUAAUUGGAGACCCUGGAGACUGUAUAUCCAAUUUGUUUAAUUUCCAUUCUGUGUUUCAUUUAGCUAAUUGAUCUAGUAAUUACUAUUUUUUUCAAUGAGCAGAAUGGGUCUUUGUGAACAGAGACAUCCAUGGGUAGGGCAAGGGGGAACAAAUGAUGAAAGUAGCAUCUCGCUGCAAGCUUGACACUGUUUGUUUGCUUUUGCAUGCACGUAUAAAAGGGGAGGGGUUUGCAGCACAACUGAGCUUCACUCACUUUGGCAAAUGUGCAAAAAGAUCUUGCAGAUGCCUGUUUGUGUAUAUUCCACUACCAAUUAGUUUUGCAAUUGUUUUUUCAUCCUUGGUUGAAUAAAGGCCAUUUUUAAUUAUAUAUGCUUUAUUCCAAGUGGCUAGACAACGUGUUUCUGUCAUUUAACAGAAUGCGAAGAUCAUCAGACCCAAAGCUGUGAAAUAAGUCAAUGUCUUCCAUAAACAAAAAACCAAAAAUCACAAAAUUCUUGUUUUGUAACAGACUCAGAAUGCAUCCCAAAUACAGUGUGCCAUGUCUAACCAUU